AGUCAUGGUUGUUUUCACGAGUAUCUUGCGGGUACAGUACGGCCCAGGCAUCGAUGUUUCUCCGCAAAAUACGAAAUUGGGAACACAACGCACCCUCAUGGGCCUUUGACAACAGUCUGCUGGCGAAGAUUGUGGGGAUGACAUGUCGUAAAGACGAUUACUGGCAUUUGCUAUUGCGAGGAAAAAGAUACAAACGAGCUCAGCCGGGGUCAGAAAAGGGUAGAUGACUUACGUUCUGAGUGUACUAAGCUGUUCCUGCUUUCCAGUGACUGCAAACUCACUCUUCUCGCU